AUGAGCAGUUCCACUCCAUCCACAGCUAAUGGCACUGACAGUAAAACAUAUAAAGGAGAACGAUCUCCUUGUGACCCCUCCCGUGUCCUCCAUAUCCGCAGAGUUCCCAUCGAAGUGUCCGAGGCAGAGGUCGUCUCACUAGGAGUUCCUUUCGGCAAAGUCACCAACCUGUUGUUGCUUAAAGGGAAAAACCAAGCUUUUAUAGAAAUGGCUUCUGAAGAAGCAGCUAUCACCAUGGUCAACUACUACACCACAGCCACACCCCAUGUCCGCAACCAGCCCGUCUACAUCCAGUAUUCCAACCACCGUGAGCUCAAGACUGAUAAUCUGCCCAAUCAGGGGAGGGCUCAGGCUGCUUUGCAAGCUGUCAAUGCAAUGCAUUCUGGGAAUAUGACUCUCUCUGGGACUGCGACAGCCAGUGAUGGUGGAUUGAUGCCGGGACAGAGUCCUGUGCUUCGUUUAAUAGUAGAGAAUCUCUACUACCCAGUGUCUCUAGAAGUGCUACACCAGAUCUUCUCAAAAUUUGGGACGGUCCUGAAGAUCAUUACCUUCACCAAGAACAACCAGUUCCAGGCCUUGCUUCAAUAUGCAGAUCCAAUGAACGCACAUCACGCCAAAGUGGCUUUGGAUGGGCAGAACAUCUACAACGGCUGCUGCACUCUGCGUGUUGAAUUCUCCAAGCUGACCAGUCUGAAUGUGAAAUACAACAACGACAAGAGCAGGGACUUCACACGUCUAGACCUGCCCUCAGGGGACGGACAGCCCACGCUGGACCCCUCCAUGCAGACCGCUUUUGGGGCUCCCGGGAUAAUUUCCUCUCCUUACCCCGGGGCGGCUGGUUUCGCCCCUGCUAUCGGUUUCCAUCAGGCAGGCUUGUCUAUGCAGAUGCCUGGUGCUCUGGGACCUCUCACCAUCCCUUCAUCAGCAAUGACAGGACGGAUGACCAUUCACGGCAUGGCCCCCACCGCCAUCCACUCUGUGCUCCUCGUCUCCAACCUCAGCCCCGAAAGCAUAUCUCCACACGGGCUCUUCAUUUUAUUCGGAGUGUAUGGAGAUGUUCACAGAGUCAAGAUUCUGUUCAACAAGAAAGAGAAUGCCUUAAUACAGAUGGCAGACGCCACGCAAGCCCAGCUCGCCAUGAGCCAUUUGAACGGUCAGCGUCUUCAUGGUAAGGUGAUCCGUGUGACCAUCUCGAAGCACCAGACGGUGCAGCUCCCCAGGGAGGGUCAGGAGGACCAGGGCCUGACCAAAGACUUCAGUGGGAGCCCGCUGCACCGCUUCAAAAAGCCCGGCUCCAAGAACUUCCAGAACAUCUUCCCUCCCUCCGCCACCCUGCACCUCUCAAACAUCCCUCCCUCCACUACGGAUGAUUUUCUGAAAGACCUGUUUGCCAGUUCUGGAUACACAGUCAAGGCCUUCAAGUUUUUCCAGAAGGACCGCAAGAUGGCGCUGAUCCAGCUGGGUUCGGUGGAAGAAGCCAUCCAGGCUCUUAUUGACCUCCACAACCACGACCUGGGAGAAAACCACCAUCUGCGAGUGUCCUUCUCCAAAUCCACCAUCUAGCAGCGCCUUCACUACAAACACACCCUUUCCCCAUCCUCCCCGUUCCAGCCCUUCAACCUUCAGCAGUCUGACUGUUUCGUUCAGAGAAAAAGACUGGCUGACAAACUCAACAAAAAAAAAAA